AUGACGUCGCAGGAGCGCAUCACCCAGGCGCGGCACGUGAUGCUGCUGUCCAAUGAUGCACCGGUCUUGAAUCGAUGCGCGAAGGAGGAAGCCCACCUAAAGCAUCGCCUCGCUCAGUCGACUGCCACCUGCGCGCUCAUGGUGCAGAGAAGUCACGCCGCCGCCGCUCGUGAGGAGCGCUCCCGUGAAUCGCGGCUGCAGGCGCAGUUCACAGCGCUGCUCUCCGGCACGCCCGGAGUAGUGAUGCCGCCCUUCGUCACGUCCUCCUCCAUAGAAGACUUCACGAAUGCUUCAGAGCGUGCCAGGGCCUAUGCAGCAGCAGCGCCGAAUGACCGGUGUGUGCCCGAUCCUACCACCCGUACUGACGCGGCUCUUCGAUCAUCGCUACGGCUGAAAUCGAGCAGCACUGUGGCUGCCGAUGAGAGCGCCUCGCCUGCCGCGUCUCUGCCAUGCACGCUGGGGUUCCCGGAGGCAUACGAGUCGAGCGGCUUCAAGUCAGCGAUUCACUGGGCCUCGGUGGCGCAUGAUGAGACUUUUCUCACCGCGUAUGGGCCUCGCCGAAUUCGCGAAGAGGCCCAGGCUAGGGCGAUCGCAGGCGCUGGAGGCUCGCUGGCUGCGCGCGAGGCGAAACCGCACAGACUCAUGACUGCUGUCGCGUGCUACCUGCUCAACCAAGUGCUCUGCGCCGAUGCAGCGGUGUCGGAGCUGUGGCGGGAGAAGCUGCGUCAACCGAUCUUCGACGCCAUCUUUAGCUCUCAGUCCAUUGCGAUGGGGCACGAACGGAGUCGUGCGCAACGUAGCGGCAGCCUCGGGGAUGCUGCUGUGGCGAACGCCAUUCUGCACAAAACGCUUGCGUCUGACUCCUCUCUCGUGUCGGGCACUGCGACCCACGCCGAUCCCACGACGUCGUUUCCGCCUCGCACCAACGCAUACACCACCCGCCACGACUUUGCGUCGCUUCGACUAUGGACAGAAGAGGUGACGUUAGAGCACCUGGAGAAGGCGUCCGUGUGCCAACGCGUUCUUAAUCUUCAGAACGCCGUGGCACGUCGUCAGAAAGCCGUUCACCUCUUCCAGCGGCGCGCACACCAGGCAGAGCUACAGGCGGUCUUCACUGUGUGGCGCACCUACACUCAGCAGCGCCGCGCGAAUCGCGGUGCCCUGGAGCGCUACUUGGUGAAGCGCAACCAUCGCCAUGUUGAGGAGACUAUUUUCCUGCGUUGGCGCCGCUUCACUCUUCGCUCCAAGGUCGAGGCGGUGCAGCGGCGCCUGCUGAACAUCGCGGCGGAUCGCGACUGCGCUGCGCGCAAGCACUCCACCGCGUUGCACGGGCUACAAGACCAACUGGCCAGCGAGCGUCGCCAGCACGUGCAGGAGACCUUUGAGCGAGACACACUGCACGCCCAGGUGCUGGAAAGUCACGCCGUGGAGAUCGAGGCGCUGCAGCUGAUGCUUCAGAUGGAACGAUUGAAGACGUCGCAGGCUGGCAAGUGGGCGAUGCGGUGGGAACGCGUAGCGAAGACGUUUCGUCCCGCAAAGCCCUGCCCGGCGGUGCCACGGCCCAUCUGGACGCUUGCUCGUACCCUGCUAAGCACCGAAGAGGAAUUGGCUGCCACGAUACUGAAGCGCAGUCGAGAUCAGCGAGUGCCGUUGCAGAUCCCAUACUCGAUGAUACAGCAGGCGCGGCGGCGGGUGGAGCAGCUGCUGCUGACGUGGGUGAAUGCGAUCAUGGAGGCAUCGCCGCAGGCAUCCACAUGGGUCACCGUCGAGGCCUUCACGCAGGGCUGCAGCUCCCAUCCACGCGGCAUAUUGGUUUCGAAGAAGCAGUCGCCGUCAAGGAAGGCCGCAGCACGGCGCUUCGGCACGACAGCCGGUGCAGUGGCAGCAGGCAAAGACGGCUCGACGUGCGAGUUCAGCAUCUACACACUCAUGUGCCUCGUGCGGGAACUGCGCCGAUGCUACGCGAUGGCUGGGCUGAUUGAAAAGGCGGAAGGGUGGGGCACGCCCGACGGCGCUAGAGUGGCCGACUGCUACCAGGAGCUGACCCAUCUCUUCGCGGCCCAGUCGUGCGGUGGCCUCUACCCGCCACUGCUAGUUCACUGCCCCACCUCGCCGCUCUGGUUCACACCCGAAGGCGUUUUUGGUGGACCGGUGUCACACAUGGAGGGGUCGAAACGGCAGAAGCGAGAGCAACACACCACCUUCACCUGGCUGCUGGCCUCGCUCCUCGUGGGACACAUCCAGAUUAUGUGGAUGUCACCUCUCGGUGACAUGGGAGUCCCGCCGGGGCGGCUGCCGAUGAAGUGCACAGCGACGCUGCGAUGCAGGCACGAGGCGGAGAUCACGAAGCUGGCUCACAUCAGCUUCCCGAGGCGGCGCGCCGCGCCGCCAGCUGGCUCGACCGCGGCACCUCGGGGCACUUCAGUGGUAGCACCGAACACGUUGUUGCCAAAGAAGCGAUCUGAUGCUUCGCCGGCGGCAUCGUUCUCGGGGCGCGCCGCCGCGAAGGCCUCCAUGGCUUCUGCUUCCGCCGCCGCCGAGGACGUGGAGGGCGCGGGCGUCGUCACCACGGUGAUGACCUUGGAGGCUUUGCUGCGAGCCCGCUUCAAAGCAACGCAUGACAGCACCGGCAGUGACAGUAGCCGGACAUUGGCGGGAAGGGAUCUCAUGGCUGCAGCGGAGGACUCCUUGUCCGACAUCGAGGCGUUUCUCGGCAUGGUGCCUGCACAGGUGCAAUCACUCAAGGGAGGGGCAGGUGCGAACGGCACCGAGGACGAGGACGAGGACGAGGACGACGACGACGAGGAUCGGUGGAUCAACGGACUGCUCCACCGGCUUUUCGAGGCCCAGGAUGCAGAGGCGCAGCAGCGUCGCACUAAGGGUCUGCAACACAGCGAGUUUCUCAAGGACGGCGCAGAGGAUGGGCACGCCCGGCCAGCAGAGACCACGCCCGCGUCUGCGCUUGGUCACGACGAAGAGGGUAAGGGUGGCUCGAGGGACAACGACGCCGCCGCUGCCGCGGACACUGCGAGCGCCAUUUAUGGCGACCUCUCCAAGAGUACCGUCGCUCUCACAGGGGAUCAGCUACGGCUACUGCGCUCCCUGCCGGGUCGCAGCCAUGCAUUCGACACGCUCCGCCCCAUCGCCGUUGCACGUCCCGAGGCUGCGCCAGUGGUAGUGGGAGUCUCCAUGGACAACUCCAGCACCGCGAGUUACGCCUCUGCGGCCCCUCUCUACUCGUUCCUGCUCAACACCCUGGAUGACACAGUGGCUCGGCAGCAGUGGAGUGGACUGGCGCGCAUUGUGACGUCGCUGGUGGUGCGCUUUCAUGUGCUUGACGAGUCUGAGGACGCCGCGCGACGGGCUGCAGUGCUGACGCCGGAGGAGGAGGAGGAAUCUGAGGAGUGGAAGAGCUCGAGUGUGUCACGGCAGAGCCCAGUGGAGCGCGCUAGGGGCUCGACCCCCCCUCCGACCGCUCGACUGCCUCCAGUUUCUUCAGGCUGCGCUCCCUUCGUGGCUGCAGCGAGCAAAGGCGGCGACGGCGCUGCAGGCAUGGCAAGCCCACGGAGUGGUGGCCGGAUCGCUGCGCGACUGGUACCUGCUGCGCCACCGCAGUGGCCCCAACCACCGCCGUUUCCGCCGACGACUCACACGGCGCAGAGAGCGGCAGAGCCUGGGGUGCCCGUUUUCUCGAGACCUAGACCGCACUACAUGCACGGCGCAACCGCGACUGCAGCGCAGCCGUCGGCCACAGCUGUCACUUCCAUCAACCUCGGCGAGGAACUGCGCCGCCGCGGGGCCUACCAAACGAACUCUGCACGGAAUAGCUUCAGCUCGCCGAUAAAUUUCCCUGCGCAAGGAGCUCAAUCAUGUGAGCCGAGUAGCUUCGCCGUUCCUCCGAUCAGCAGUGAGGCAUCCGAGCCGAUGGUGCCGCCGCCGUCUGAGGAGGUACACCCGUCAGUGAUUCCCAGCGCGGCUCUAUUUCCUUCGCAGGGGGAUUGA